AUGUGCAACGAUAAUGAUAUUUUGAUACCCGAUUUGAAAAGAAGAAGAGUUUCAUCUAAAAUUGACGAAUCUCAUAAAACUCAACAUAUAAUGAAGAAUAAAGAAGAAGAAAUGAAAAUAUCAGUGUUUUUUCCAAUGUUAGAUAUAAUGAUAAGUGAUAUAGAAAUUAGAUUUAAUCAAGAGGCUAUUAAUAUGAUAAAGUGUGUUGCGCGUUUGAUAAAACAAGAAUUUACUAAUGAUGAUCUUAUAAAUUUGUCCAAUAUAUUUGGAGUUGAUUUUAAUGAUUUAGAUGCUGAGAUUCGAUUACUUAAAUCAAAUUGUUCAAUCAGUAAAGACAACAUAAAUACAUGUGAUGAUUUAAUAAAAUGGUUGGCUGAUUAUGGGAUUGGAAGAGAUAUUAUAUUUCAAAAUAUAUUUAAAAUUCUAAAAGAAUUUGUGACUAUUCCGGUAACAAGCUGUUCCUGUAAAAUAACUUUCUCAAAGUUAAGUUUUAUUAAAACAAAACUUAGGAGCACAAUGCAGCAAGACCGGUUGGAUGCGUUAUUAACAAUAAGUAUUGAACAGGAGUCUGCCUACAAUAUAAAUAUUGAUGAUGUCAUUGAACAUUUUAAAAUACUAAAACCAGUUAAUAGGCGAACGGAAUUGUAA